ACACGGUUAGAUUACGUUACAGGACUUAAUCAUCAGUAAAACGCACACAUAGUAUGACCUCAGGCCAUGGAACAAAAGCGUGUACCUGAACAUCUAGAAGUUCCUAUAUAAUAGACGGUAUUUAGGAGAAACCAAUGCUCUUGUGUUUAGGAUGAUUAAGGGCUUUGGAUCAAAAAAGUGGAAGAGACUAAAUGUAGUGACAUAGAAAUAUGAUAUUGUGUUUUCUGCUAUUACAAUGGGGAACUCAAACUGUUGGCCAAGGUGUCUUCAUCAACCCUGUCAACACCAAUGGAACAGUGAGAGUAGAGUUUGUAGAAUUUGAACAGCCAUUGGACUUUGACAUCCAUGAUGAGUCAAUGUUUGCAACAUCAGAUCCAAGGUUUGAGUUCCCACUGACAGAAGCAGACGUCACAUGGCUGAACUCUCUGUUCUCUCUGCCAGAGGAAGGGGAGACAAGAGAAAGAAAAGAGUACCGUCUGCUGACUGAGGAAGAGAGGGAGUACUUUCACAGGGCAGUCAACAUGCUAAAAAAUGAUACGACAGUGAGUUUGAAUAAGUAUGACCUUCUGGCCAACAUCCACUCUCGAUCCUCCAGUAACACAGCCGCUCACGGGGGGCCGGGGUUCCUGGGCUGGCACAGGGUCUUCUUGUUACUAUUUGAAAAUGCCUUGAGGCAGAUGAUACCAACCGCAACGUUACCAUAUUGGGACUGCACUCUAGAUCAGCCUCUCUCCCACCCCUCCGAGUCUGUGAUAUGGUCCGAUUUAUUUCUAGGGAAUGGAGACGGGGAAGUGAACACAGGACCUUUUAGGGGCUGGAACACUCAGUUUGGCUUUGGGCUGCUCCAUCGACAAGUGUCCUCCCUGAGGCAUCUCAUGAGUGUUCAUGAUCUGAGAAACAUCCUAGAGGAGGACUUUCUUGGCAACAUCAGUUACCCUGAUACCAAGUCAAGUAAAAAUCUUGAACAACUUCACAAUAAUGUACAUGUUUGGGUUGGUGGGUUGAUGAGAAAGAUAGAAAUAGGGGCUUUUGACCCUGUUUUUUAUGUUCUCCACACUUUUAUUGAUAAAGUGUGGGAAGAUUUUAGAGUCCAUCAACGCUCAAAAGAGAUAGACCCUACUAAAGAUUACCCAGAAUUCUAUGGCAGGAGGAACCAUGCUUCAUUUGCUCCAAUGGGACUUGGAAAUCUGGUGGUGAUUGAUGGAAUUAGUGAUGUAUGGAACAAGAAUGUUGUGUAUCGACAGCCUUCCUGUGGGAACAGUGGUCAAAAUGAGUGUGGAUCUAAGUUUUUGAGAUGUGAUCAUUCAACCUGGACAUGCGUGUCCAAAACAAAGGAUGAAGUGACGAAAUCCAUCAAUAAAGACAAACAAAAAGACACUACCCUGUCAAGAACACUUAACUCAGGUUUGAAGGAACUGGACAAUCUUUACAUACCAUCACUUUUAAACAGUGGCAUUUCUCACAGUGUUUACAGCGAUUUUUUAUACCCCUUAAAAGACAGACAAAGCACAGCUAUGUACAGUGAAAAUGUCAGUCAGAGCAGUGCAUUGCAAAAAGCCAAAGAGAUUUACAUGUCUCAUUUAAAUUAACAAAAUGACGUGUAUAUCAUCCUGAGCAUGGGUUUAUCCCAAGAAAAGUUAUCGAAAGUUUUCACAAACUACUGUAAUGUCUGUCACACUUCACAGGAAUAUACUAAAAUAGUAAACAAAUCUAAUAUUGA